AGCCUAUGUAAUUUUUUGAAGGAUUUACAUGCUCCUCUAAAAUGCCCAAAGGAAAGCCCAAGACUCCCACUAAUCCAGCACCAAGUAAUACUGGUGCUUGGGAAGCCAGUCUAGCAUCCACUCUUAUCAACAAUGACGAACUUAAGACGAGUGUUUAUCUCAUAUCGCCUGACAAGGUUGAAGACAAACUACAAUUACAAAUCCUGGGAUCAGCUGUAGAGACAAAUGUUCGACAGAGAUUUGUGUAUAUUGAGAAGGACAGUCUUGUUGCGCAGGGAAAAGAGCAUGGCAAAGGUAAAGAUAGUGGAUCAAAAACAUCUUUCCCAGAAAUAUUUGCCAUGCUUAAAUCGGCAGAUGAGCUCCUGCCUUCAGCAGUCUUGGCAAAGUUGCUUAAAGUAAAAAUUUUGGAGUACAGAGACGAAGAACUGAACAGAAGAGAGGAACUUCAGCAGGCAGAGCUUCAAAAAACGAAAAAGGCUAAGGGGGUUAAAGGGAAGGCCAAGGGUAAAACGGGUAAUGCAAGUCGGUCCCCAACCAAGUCUGUCUCUCCCGACAAAGGGGGUAAGAAAGAUGCAAAGAAAGGAGGUAAAAAGUCCCCUGUCAAAAAAGAAGGUGGAACUAACAUCGAUCCUGAGGCAGAAGUCGCAAGAGGGAAGUGUCCUUUGAAAAAAAGGGGAGAGGAGAAAGAAGAACCUGCCAAAAUCAACGAUUAUCCAGAAUUUAGUCCUGACCUUUUUGUACUUUGUGUUGGGUUUGAGCAAGCUGAUUUCAUGGCAGAGUGCCACAAAGCUAACCUUCCAAUCACCUCCCUUCUCAAAUCAUCUUCUCUGACAUACUCGUCUGACUUCUCUUGGAUGGAACACAUCUCAUCUUUUAAUAUGGGAUCGAAGGUGGUGUUACCAGACGAUAAUGAAGGUCCAGAAGUUGAGGCGCGGGUAGAUGCUCACCAGGAACUGAUUGAUAAGUUCUGGGAAGACAUUGCUGAACAAGCUACCGAGGUCCCCCUGCCAGCUCAUUUGGUGGAUGUUGGGUUCGAAAAGAUGUCCCUACCUAAAUUGGAAGUGGAUGCUGAAAUUAAGAAAGACAACGAGAGAAUGGAGAAGUUAUUACUGGCGCUUUAUCAACGAGUUGCUAAUAAGAUCUAUUCGAUUCAAUCCUCCCUAUGUCAAUUUAAACAGUACUACAAAGGUAUGGACAUGGUUGAGGUAGCGGACCUAACUGAACGAACAGAGGAUGGUGAACUACUGCACCCCCUAGAUAUGAGAUACUACAACAAGAUAAUAUCUCUACUUCCCUACGAGAGUGUUUCUCACGUGUCUGUCCUUAAUUGUAUGCUAGAGCAGGUAUGUGAAGAUCAGCAGCCGAAAAAGGAAGAACUGAAAGAAAUUGGAGAGGAUCCAGUGAAUAAACAGUUGGGAGAAAUGAUACAUGGCUUGCCUCUUACCCUUCUGCAGCAAUCUGAGUUCGAAGGAUUUUUAUCUCUGAAACAAGAAAAAGUGGAGGAGGAUGAUCAGCCAAUAGUGUUGAAAGAGGCUGAUGAAAUCAGAAUGAAAUCAUUCCAUCUUAACCCAAAAGUUUAUCCUCUUAACGACUUAAUAUUGCUACAACACAGCAUCAGUAGUGCGUUCCUAGAACUCCCCGAAACUAACGCUGAAGUACUUACAAAGAUUCAGUCCCUAUCUUACGAAACGGAAAGUUUCUGCGGACAAACCGGACAGAGCACAGUAAACAAGGCAUUGCGUCAGUUUGCUUUUGAGAAUUGUGACCACACUAAAACAGAGCCAGGUAUUUCUAAGCUGAAGACCCCGGCAGAAUAUUUCUGGGAUAUAGAGAUGUUGUUAGGUUCGGCUGAGGUUGGAGUAGAGAAUCUACAAAAACUCAAAGAUACUGAGAUUUCUAAUCCUGUGCAAAGACUUGAUCACUUCAACUAUCGGACGAGUUAUGAGAAAGAUGCUCUUUUACAAGUAUUGGGUGAUGCAUUUUACGAGUUCCCAUAUUGUGAGAGGAUAUACCACCGACAUGAAAAUGCAAUGUUACUGCUCUUCCACGCUGGAUACAAUGACAAACGACAAUCUAGUUCCCUUUGGAACGAGCGUGUUCACACUGAAAUAGGGUUCCACUACUUCAUCUCUAGAACAAAGGACAGAUUCCCAACACUCUUAGAGAAGCUGCCGCCGCUAACCCCAGCUCCAGCUCCCUCAGAAGCUACUGCCCCUCCAACACCUGUAACUCCUGCUGCUGAGGAGGCUGUCGAGGAGCCAGAGUUCGUGAUGCCAGACAAUCGUCUUGAAGGAUUUAAGAAGCGAUCAGAUAUGAAAGAAGAAGAAAAGGAGAGAGCAUCCUCAGGGAAGAAAGGAAAGAAGUCAGCAGGUAAAGGUAGAAAGGGGAGCCCAAGUCCCAAAAGAAAGGGAUCUCCUUCUAAGAGCCCUAAACGAAGUGCAGGAGCGUCUCGCGGAAGCAGUGCUAAGAGUAAAGAGGACAAGAGUAAAGUAGAGUUCGAACAAGUUCCUCUCGUUCCAGAACCGGAAAUGGAUAUCGUGAUGAAGGAGGAUGCAGCGAAGAAUAUGUUUGUUGGGUUCAAACUUCCCAACCAAAUAUUUGAAGCGACAGGAAACGUGGCUCACUGCCACCCUGCUGAUGGUAGUUUGGUUCGAGUUGAGAGGUGGGGAUUUGAGGGGAAGAGCCCAAAAACUCGUGUGUCCCUUUUGAAAGGUGGUCACGUGUUGUCUCUUAACUAUGUUCUUAAAUCUGACAUGGACUUGAGAAACGAACAGAGAGCCGCUAAAGAAAAACAACUGAAGCAGGAAGCAGAGGCAGCAGCAGCAGCUACACCAGAUACUGGAGUAGAUUCCUCCGCUGACAUUCCCGCUACCGAAGAUAUAACCACCACUUCUGCUCUGAGCUCAGUGGCUGACUCUCAAAUUCCUCUAGCGAGAAGUGUCUCAUUCAAUGCUCAGCUCAAAAGUGGUAUGAGUAUGAGUUUCAAGAAGCCGGUACCUCCUCCCAAAUCAGUACAACUAGACGGAGAAGACGCUGUGCUGCUUGAAGAACCUCUGCCCUCGGUGAUGGUGCUGUCUAUACCUAACGGUCUUGUUUUACAAUAUUGUCAGCAGCAGGAGGAUUCAGAUUACUUCGCCAUAAGACAGACUUAUGAAAGUAAGACAGAACUGAAACACCGUUGUGAAGAGGUACAAGCUAAAACUUGUGCCGAGGAAACCUCUCGACUGUGUCUUUCAAAUGGAACUGUUGUGAAACACAUGAAGAACGGUCAGACGUUGAUUUUGUAUCCAGACGGAGGGUACUCAUUAAAACACGUACCUCCUCCGCCUCCUCCUACUCCUCCUCCUGAGGAACCUGUUGGUACACCUGCACCCCUCGAUACUGGUAGCGCUGCACCGACUCCUGUGGCCACACCAGCCCCACCCCCACCUUACAUAGUGUGGGAAGUGACAAAAGAGAAGGGAGGAAGAGAACAUGUGAUGAGUAACGGAGAGGUUGAGGAGAAUACCCCUCUUCAAUGUUACACCGCCACUGACCCAGAGUCUAAAGAGGUAAUGUUCACUCGUAUGGAUAGCAUCCUGUCGGUGAUCAGACCAGACGGAACAAGGAUUGUCGAUCACAUUGAUGGUACCAGGAUAACAACCGUCACAAAUCCAUGUGGAGAAGUUGGUUACAAAAUAGAAUGUGUAGGCUACGCUACAGUUCAAUACUCCGGCUCUGAAUCACGCACCAUAUUUGGAACUCCCACUCGAGUGAUCAGCAAUGGCAACAAAACAUUCGUAAUCGAGGAAGAAGGAGGGAUGGACCUACACAUCUCGCCUUAUGAAAACAAGGUAGAAUUGAUUGGAACAGAAGACAUCGCCAAGAAGAUGGACCCUCAGUCUCUGAAUACGAUAAGAGAAAGAGGGGAAUUAGUGUACUCUGAACUGGGAAAACACCAAUUUGAUCUGGAUAAUGAGAUUUGUUUCGAUCAUACUGACGUAGCAGGGAAUAUUUUCAAUGUAAGUUACGAAGGAAGGAUACUGACAGAGCGACCUGAUACGCACAUCGUACAACAUUUGGAUCAUUUCUACAAACAGAACGCAGUGGGAGCAUAUCAUGAGAUUGAGGAGAAAUACAGACCGCCUAUGAGACUAUUUGUAAUCCACUCCGACCACACCGGAUCAGAAUUAAUGGAUAAAGAGAAAAUUCGAACUCUAUUCGAGUCGCCUGACAAAAAUGCCGAUAUUGUACAAGUCAUUGAAGAUGUGGAGUCUGACGAUCUCGCGAAAGGGUACACAUUCCUAACGCCCUAUUACUCAAGUCCGGGCUCUAAGUGGGUCAAAGAGUUUGAUGAGGGAGACAUAGUGCCUGGUGGUCUGGUUUAUGCUGGAACUGUCAAACCUGCUGAACAAAUAAUCGGAGGAUGGGAAAAGAGGGUUUCAUCACCGGUCACGACCGAACCUGAACUACCUCCAGCUAUUCAUUAUAACCAGGUGAUCGAGGAAACCCCACUCAAUGAUUACCACCGAGAGUUGGUGUUAAAUGGCAUAAAAGCUCACACGCAGUGGCUUAUCGAGCGGGAGCUAAACUCUAGUAAAGCUUCUGUACCGGACGAAAGAACGGAGCUGGAGAAAGACAAUGCAGAGAAGAUGGCAAUCAGAGUCGGCAGAUCUGCUUCCAAGCCUCGGACACCACAGAAUGUACACCGUUUGUGGCGCAGUGAAAGCAAGCAGUACGCAAGUUAUGACAGUUUUGAUGAGGAUCUCUUGGAGGAAGAUGACAGUUCGGAAACGGAAGAUGAGCAUCUUCCAAGUGCUAUGGACCGGUUGGAAAAAAAACGGAACACUGUGGAAGUUGUAACCAGAAAAUACAGUACCGCUGUUUCCAAUAAUCCUUUCAAGAUGAAGAUGAAGUUGAAGAAAGGCAUCAUUCCUCAAGCAAAGUGGGACCAGAUAAUGGUGGAGAAAAUGGAGGUCAACAUUCUGAAGAGUGAUAUUAGAAACUUUAGGGUGCCGCCUUAUUUUGAUAGCAAAUUUGGCCAAAGUUUCCUCAGCAGCCUGAGAGAAGGUCCUGAUAUGAAGGGUCUGUCGGAGAAUGUACCGUCACCAGUACAGGGAACUCCCUCUGACAAAUCCCUUGAAAAUGGAGGUAAAGGAGAGAGUUUGUCCACGUCCAUGAUCCUGAUAGACGGUGAAGAGAACGCUGGAUCAGCUAUCAGUCUUACUCAAGCCGGAGCAAUUCCCACACCUAGACCAGGAAAUCCAACGCCAAACGUAGCCACGGGGGUGGAAGGGGAUAUUCCAAAGUGUUCCCCCAAACAAUCGUCUCCUUGCAGUGACGGACCUUCUCCAAAAGCUAACCGCAACCUAUCACCGGUACACGACGAGAUAGAAACACCAGUACAUGAUCUACUUUCCUCCCGACAAACUUCCCAACCUACAUCUGGAACAGUGAAGAGUUUGCACGUGGAUGUGAAGGGAGACGCGCGGAAGGGUAAAGUCGUAAUUCCACGAUCAAUAAAAGGUUACAAACCUGGAGUUGAGCCAAACGAACGGUUUCUACAGCAGGAAGAACCAGUAAGACGAGGAGUAAAGACGUCCAGUGUUCUAGCUGCCGGGAGGAGGAAACAUAUCAGCGACAUGAGAGGGUUCCAGGUUUACCCACCCGAAGUCUCUUUCGGAGUACUCUGUCCCGGAGGAAUGUACGCUACCACCGUGACUCUCAAGAAUAUUGGUAUCGAUAGUUGCCGGUUCCAGAUAAAGUGUCCUAAGAAUAUUGAGGGUGUCUCAGUCUGCCUUCAUUCUGAAACCAAUUUUGUGGCGGCAGGAAUAUCUGUAAAGUUCGAUGUUUGUAUCCAAGCUCCUGAGGUAACUGAGAUUGGUCACGUCGCAUUGGAUAUUAUCAUCACCAUGGAAACUGAGGUGUUCAGACUACCAGUGCUUGCUACUGUCCUUCCGAUGCAGGAAUACGACGAACGCUCCAAGAGUGGUCGGCUCACUCGACUCCCUCAGCACAUAAAGAUAAUCGAUAUCAGCAGUUUUGUGAACAGCACAAGUUCAGUGAACAUACCUCGGAGUGCCUUCAAAGUAAUUUCUUAAAUCCUAAAAUUCGCGAGCUCGUAACACACCGCUACUGUCCUCCGAUUGGCGAUCUACUCCUACCUUCUUCUGAGAUAUUUCCUUAUGUAGGAGUUAUUCACGUGGUAUGCUGUCACGUAACGUCACACUUUGCAACGUGACAUCACUCAAUGUUACGUGACGUCACACUGUGCCAUGUAAAUGUUAUACCACGUUUACCUUAAUUUCCAGUUCUCCGGAAUUGGAAUAAUUAAAAUCAGUGGUGACUGUAAACAAUUUACCUCGACAAAGAGAGACCUUUUUAGAGCUAUUUCCCGUUAAAACUUUUAGAGCCAUUAAUUUAUAUAUUAUUAAACGACUGAGAUGGAGAGCACACAAACUGUGAUAGUAGUAACCGUGCCCCCGUGGCCCGUGCGUACCUUGUCUCCCGGCACUGUGGUAACGCACGUGCCUUGUAACAUUAUUGAUUAUCGUUUUGUCCACUUUGUUGUACUAAUAGUUGUAUAAAACUGUAAAUAUGUUUUCCUACCAAGAAAGAUUUUGUUGUAUAAA